CUUUGGCACGAUGAGGGUGGGACAGCUGACAGCGGUGGUGCUGGUGGCGACGGCAAGUGUGGCCGCCGCCUACAGCGAGGAGUUUUUCUCGUCGACGUCACGACUGGAGCAGCUGGUCAGCCGGGAGGAGGUGGUGGUGGACCGGCUGGAGCGCUACCUCGAGGACGCCUAUCAGAGCCUUGAGAACGUCCGAAGCUACGUAUCGUCGUUCCGGGAGAUGCGAUCGCUCUCCUCCAUCCACCACCCGGUGGACGCCUUUCUAAUGGUGCGCCGGCUUACCGUCGACUGGGACAUCGUGGAGGACGACCUCCGGCGACAGAUCAACCAGACGCAAGAAACGCUCGGCUCUGUGGCCAGCUUCCGGGCGGACCGACCGUACCCGGCCGCCGACGACCUGCACGGCGCGGCCGUGGCGCUCAUUCGGCUCCAGGACACGUACCAGCUGAACAUGACCCGGCUGCCCCGCGGCCACAUCGUCGGCGUGGGACCUGACCCGGCAGAGUUCCAGAGCGCGCAGCAGCUGACAGCUCGCGACUGUCUGUUCAUCGGCAAGCACGCGUUCAGCCGCGGCCUGUACAACGCCGCCAUCGAGUGGUUCGAGGCGGCUCUCUGGCGCACGGAGGAGGAGCAGGGCGACGGCGCCACCGCCACGCGCGACGAGAUCGAGCCGCUGCUCACCUCCACGAUCAAACUGCACGACAGCGUGCUGGAGGAGCAGGGUCCACGCGGCGAGGACUGGCGCACGAACCCGGUGCCGGUGGACCGCCAUCUGGCCAGCCAGGAGCGCUACCAACCGGCCCGGCUGGCUGUGUUCGCGCCCAAGCUGCACCAGCAGCAGGCCGACGCCGAGGAGGAGGACCACUUCCACCGGCUGUGCCGCGGCGAGCGCCUCAGGACGCCGGCGGAAGAAGCCGACCUGUCCUGCCACCUGACGGCGAACGGCAGCCCGCUGCUGGUGCUGGCGCCGCUGCGGGUGGAGGUGCUGAGCCUGCGGCCGUACAUCGUGAUGUUGCACCAGCUGGUGACGGACGCCGAGGUGGCCACCUUCCAGCAGCUGGCCGGGCCGCGACUCGCCACCUCACGUCAUCGCGCCACCGACGGCCACUUCGUCAGCAGCAUGAGUCGCAUCAGCAAGAACGCCUGGAUUCCGGAUGACGAGGACCCGUCGGGUACGCUGGCUCGUGUCACCCAGCGCGUGGCGGCCUCGAGCGGGCUCAAGUGCGACAACGACCGUGCAGCCGAGGCCUUCCAGGUGGCCAACUACGGCAUCGGAGGCCUCUACGUCACCCACACGGACCACCACAUGGGCGAGGUGCCUCACGGCCCUCACGCUGACUGGGAGACGGUCAUCGGCGACCGACUCGCCACCUGGAUGGUGUACCUCUCGGACGUGCCGUCGGGCGGCGCCACCGUCUUCCCGCGCGCCGGCGUCACCGUCUGGCCGGAGCGCGGCAGCGUCGCCUUCUGGUGGAACCUGAACGCGGCUGGCCGCGGCGACGACGACACCAAGCAUGCCGCCUGCCCCGUUCUGCACGGCAGCAAGUGGGUGUCCAACAAGUGGAUUCACUACAACGAGCAGUUCCGGGCCAAGCCGUGCGGUCUGACGGAGGACGCCGUCCACCAGACGCCCUGACCUGGCGCCGCUAGCCGGCGCCGGCGCCAGCUUCGCUGACGCCGAGCGCCAGACGCCCCACGAGGCUCACCGGCUGUCACUGACGCGCCUGUCCUGCGCGGCGCGCCCACUGCGUCCGACUCUGAGUCCGGAGUCCGGCGCUUGCUCGGGGUCUGGCGCUCGUCCGGGGUCCGGCGCUCGUCCGGAGUCAGGCGCUCGUCCGGAGUCCGGCGCACGCCCAGAGUCCGGCGCUCGUCCGGAGUCCGGCGUUCGCACGGAGUCCCGCCGCUCCGGUGGGGACUCCGUCCCGCCGGAGGACUGACCCGCGCGGCCGGGCCCACAGUGAGGGCGUGUCGCCGGCAGACAGUCGAGCCCUUCUCACCGGCAUUCGGGCGCGGUCCCGGGCAUCCCCGGCGCCGCCCGUGCCCCACUACUCCGAUCAGGUUGACCGAGUGCCGUAUUCUUGUCCGCGGGCGCUGCGACGCCGCAGCGCCCGCGCGCUGGCGGCCAAGCGUGAUUUGUGAUUGCGAUGUGCGGCUCGCGGACUAGCGCGAAACCAAUGAGGACGGUUGUGUGUUGUGAAGCGCAGCAACGAUGGUGAAGACGCUGCCAUUUGGAGUGACUGAGUGAGAGGCGAUGAAGAUGUAUUUAUUAUGUAUGCAAGUGAAGACGCAUGCUGAAACCAAGGGCAAACACUGAACUCGCUGUUAGCAGGCCGCAUUACUAUAUAUUCAGUCGUGCAUGGUGUGGUGGUUCGGGCGCACCUGCCACCCCGAAGGCUGACAUCGUGCUGUAUGUUGAGUCAAGCUGCACUUCGGCAGGACGACGGGACGUCGGCGACGUGAGUCUUGUAGCGGGAGUAGCAGGCACCUAGUGUCGGCCUGGCCCGACAGCUGUCCAGUCAUGUCUCCCGAGUGUCUGCAGAGGACUCCCUUGUACGCGUUCUCCCAGGCUAGCACGCACGCCACCUUAGCGCCAACACCACCCGCAUCAUAUCAUUUCCCAAAUAAACACACCUGAAACAAU